UGUGGAUACGCACAGCACGGACCGAUUAAAAUCUUUAUCUUUAUAUAUUUACCUGAAACACUGUUUAUUUGUUUUUUAUUCUAUUUUUAUUUUCACUAAAAGAUUUUUUACCUUGCAUCACUCUUUAAAGCCGUUGCUCGGUCGACAACGUGGAUUUAUACUAAGCCAAGCGGCGUCUAUUCUUGUUCCAGACCGGAAUCUUCUGGAAAAUAUCUCUAUUUUUCUGAACCUUUUGGAUUUUCUACGGAUUUCUAAGAUGCUUCUGUGUAAACUGAACACGUUCGCGCACAUUUCAGCGGUCGAUAUGCCUGCCAAGAUCCAGCUCCAAGUGCACCAAGUGAAGGAAAAGGAGCCGUUUGAAAAGGUUUAUCAGGUCGGCUCGGUGUUGGGAAGCGGCGGAUUCGGUACAGUCUACACCGGUCUGCGGAUAGCUGACGGCGCGCCGGUUGCUAUCAAGCAUGUGGCCAAGGAGCGUGUGACCGAAUGGGGAGAAUUGCCUAAUGGUGCACGUGUACCCAUGGAGAUCGUCCUCCUGAAAAAGGUCGGCACAGGCUUCCGCGGUGUGAUCAAGAUGCUCGACUGGUACGAGAGACCCGAUGGCUUUAUCAUCGUCAUGGAGAGACCUGAAGCUGUGAAAGACCUGUUCGACUUCAUCACGGAGAAAGGCGCCCUGCCAGAGGAGCUGGCUCGUGGCUUUUUCCGCCAGGUUCUCGAGGCGGUCCGUCAUUGCCACAGCAGCGGCGUCGUGCACCGGGACAUCAAGGACGAGAAUAUCCUCAUUGACCUCCGGACAGGAGAGCUGAAACUCAUCGACUUUGGGUCGGGAGCCCUCCUCAAGGACACAGUGUACACAGAUUUUGACGGUACACGUGUAUACAGUCCUCCAGAGUGGAUCAAAUACCACCGCUACCAUGGGAGGUCAGCCACAGUGUGGUCCCUGGGAAUUCUGCUGUACGAUAUGGUGUGUGGUGACAUCCCAUUCGAGCAGGAUGAGGAAAUCGUGCGUGGACAGGUGCUGUUCAGGCGCAGGAUCUCAGCAGAAUGCCAGCAGCUCAUUAAAUGGUGCCUGUCCCUGCGACCUGCUGAGCGUCCAUCUUUUGAAGACAUCAUCAAUCACCCGUGGAUGCAGAACACCACCACAACACCCACAGACUCCACGGAGAUUUGGUUGCACAGCCUGAACCUCGAGGCCAAAUGAACUCGUUAAUCCAGAGACUCGUUAACACUAAGUCAGCCAGCCAAGAGCAGGCCGCCGUUCCAGGACCAGGCAGCCGAGGAGACGAACAUUUCAAACGCGAAUUGUUCGUUUUAAAAGCCAUGCUGGUCAGCCUGCGAAACGUCUGAAAGCCUGCCCUGCUCUAGCGCUCCCUCUCGAGCUCUCUCCCAGUGAUGGUCCGGGUCAGGGCCACUCCGGCAGGGUCCUGUAAAGGGGGACGGGUCAGACAGACCGGGCGAGAGUGCCCGGCGCAAGCCUGACGCUGAAAAGAGGCAUGCCAGUCAACGGACUGAGUGCGAUCUUCAGUGUAGUGGAGAACAUUCUCGAUUAGUGCCUUGUGUGGGGGAAAAAAAUACUUGAAUUGAGUAAUAGCCACUGUACCACAGCUCCUUAUCCAGAUGUCACCUUUCUUGCUUCCAUCUCGUCUGCGUAACGCAGCGAGGAACCAAAACGACCUCAGAGAAUCUGUGCAGAACCGUCUUACACCUCUAUCGCUCGAACUCUAAAACUCAGUAACAACACAGCUACCACUCACUAUCACAUGCACACAGCAAUGCAACUACAACUCGACUACAGUUCUUUGUUCUUUUUUUUUUGCUCAGAUACUCAUGUGAUGUCUUAUGACGCUAAAUUUCAACACGAGGCCUGUGUACAUUAUUUAUUUGAAUGUCUGUAAAGCAAGAUCAGUGGAAUUAUUUAUUUAUUUAUAACUGAACAACUUUUGUUUGACAUUAGUCAUUCCACACUGAAGGGUCCACGACAUAUUUAAAUCUAUUUUUUAUCGUAUUUAAAGCUGUUCUGAGCGGAUCUGUGUAAAUACUUGUAAAUAGCCUUUGCAAGCACUUCCAUCGUCUAAAGCAUGGAGUACUGAAGUCUACUGCUACAUGUCUAAGUUAAACGUCCGCUACGUGUUCCAGGAAUGUCGAUGUGUACGUCAGCACAGACGUCUUCAUGUUUGGAGUUUCACUUUUAGUUGCAUGAUGCAGCUUGAAUUGUUUUAUUUGGUUAGCGUUUGUAAAUUGUUUAGGAAGUUAUUUUUUUACGGUUUCAAUAAAUAUUUUUUUAAAUGAU